UGUAAUACAUGUUUUUUUUAACUGAUCCCAAUAAAAACUCGACAAAGUUAGCGUUUCGUUUUCAGUUUGAUAUUGGAACUCAAGCUGACCGGUUGUCGAAAGCACCACACGAGUAUUCAUCAUCGUGCGCAGUUAAAAGCCGUCGGGAAAUAAGUGUUAAAAAGAACUACAAACGACAGACAAGAUGAGCUACGGUGGUUACCCACCAGCACCAGGUGGCUACCCACCAGCCCAAGGGGGUUACCCACCCGCCCCAGGGGGUGGGGGCUACCCCCCUGCACCAGGCGGUGGAGGUUACCCACCAGCUGCACCAGGGGGCGGGGGUUACCCAGGGGGUGGUGGAUACCCAUCUGUGCCGGGCGGUGGGGGUUACCCACCUGCACCUGCCCCAGGGGCCGGGGGUUAUCCACCAGCUCCCGGGGGUUAUCCGCCUGCACCAGGAGGUGGGGGGUACCCACCAGCCCCUGGGGGUGGGGGUUACCCGCCAGCACCUGCCCCAGGGGGUUAUCCACCGGCCAUGCCACAGCCUGGGUAUCCACCAGCGCCACAGCCAGCAGGGUAUCCAACUGGUGCACCAGUUAGCAUGCCAUCUGCGGACUAUGGUGCCUCCGUGGGCUCUGCUGGGCUUCCUUACAACCCAAACCCUACCAGCAGUAUGGGCUUUGCUGGUGCAGCAUACGCUGCCACAGCCUUUCGGCCGCCCUCUGCCUCAGCCUUCCGGCAGCCCGCUGCCCCAGCCCCUGGGGGUCCGCCCAUGCCUACGCCUCAGUACACUCCUACGCCUCAAUACAAUCCACCCCCUGCUCAAAGAGCCCCCGCCCCUCAGUCAGCUCCUGGUGCACAAGCACCCAUAGUACCAACUCAACAAUUGGCCAGUAUGUCCAUGGCACCCAAAGCAGUCAAGAGGGGAACAGGAACCGUGAAGGAGAAAUCCAACUUUGAUGGUCACAAGGAAGCCGAGAUCCUCAGGAAGGCUAUGAAGGGAAUAGGUACUGAUGAGAAAGCUAUCAUUGGCGUGGUAACUGCAUGUUCAAAUGCUCAGCGACAAAGACUCCUGAUUGACUACAAAACGAUGUACGGAAAGGAUUUGGUCAAGAAUUUAAAGAGUGAGCUCAAGAGUAAACUGGAGGAGGUCGUCUUGGAUCUGAUGAUGACGCCGGCGUUGUUUGAUGCUCACCAGCUCAGGAAAGCCAUGAAGGGCCUUGGAACGGAUGAAGCUGUCCUCAUAGAGAUCCUGUGCACAAGAACAAACCAGGAGAUAGUUACCAUCAAGGAGGCAUACAAGAAAGAAUUCUCCAGAAACCUUGAGAAGGAUGUGAUUUCAGAAACGUCUGGCCACUUCCAGCGGCUGCUGGUGUCCAUGACUCAAGGAGCGCGACGUGAAGACCCGACGGUGGACCAGGCAAAGGCCAAGGCAGAUGCUAAGGCUCUCUGGGAUGCCGGGGAGAAGAAGUGGGGAACGGACGAGUCUCAGUUCAACGUGAUCUUAGCAUCGCGUAGUUUCCCUCAGCUGCGAGCCACCUUUGAGGAGUACAGCAAGCUGGGCAAAUACUCCAUUGAGCAGUCCAUCAAGAGGGAGAUGUCUGGAGAUCUGGAGAAAGGAAUGCUUACCAUCGUUGACUGUGUGCGUAACACACCGAAGUACUUUUCCGAUAAGCUGUAUAAAUCAAUGAAGGGCCUUGGCACAGAUGAUGACACACUGAUACGGAUCAUCGUGUCUCGCUGCGAGAUUGACAUGGUUGAAAUCAAGCAGGAAUUCCACAGGGAUCACAAGCAGACGCUCGGCAAAUUCAUUGCUGGAGACACAUCUGGCGACUACAAGAAGAUUCUAUUAGAGCUGGUUGGCGGGGAAUCGUAAAGGCACCAGACUAUUUUCUCCAUAGGUAAUUGAAGAGCUUUACAUCUAUAUGUCUGUGUUCACUUGUGUUUGCCUCAUGUUCCAGAUAUUUCAAUGUAAUGUUUUCAUUAUUAUAAUCUUUUUCUGAUAUGAAUAUAAACACUAUAAUAUGUUAAGCUGUACGAUGUGCAUUUGUUUGUGUGUUUGAUGUAGUUGAUGCUUCUCACUUUGAAAGCAUAAGGUGUAAUCUAAGCCAGAAUUUCUGUGUUAACUAUUAUGAGUUUGUCUAGGAACAGGCACAUAUGUUUCCAUAAGCUUUUGUGAAAUUUGAUUAUUUUCCCGGCCAGUAAGGCAAACAAUUAGGUGUUGUUACUGCAAUAUUACUAAAUACAUUUUGGUAUUUUCUUAUUUCUGUUGUCCCUGUUUUUAGAUAUACUGAGGGAAGUUUAAUUUGUGUAUUUUAUUCUGUUUGUGUUGUUGCUGCUUGUAGAUAUACAGGGCGUCUAAAGAAAAUGUAGCAGUCAAUCAUUAAAUGAAAGGACUUGAAUUCUAAGUUGGGCCACUUGGUAUCCAAUGAAAGGCAUUCACAUACCAAGAAGGUGAAGAAAGUGGCCCAAGCAGAUGUUGACAGGCUUUACAAGGUUUAACGUAACUUUUAAACAAAAGGUCCAAAUCACACAGAAGAAAAUCCUGUCGAGGGUAAAGAAAUACUCUAUCAGCUCAUGGUCAAUUUUUCACCAAAAAAAACCAAAACGAUAUAUUUUCCUGAGAAAAAAAUGUUGUUUGACUGCUACAUUUCUUUUCAGUCACCCAGUACUGAGGGAAGGUUAAUUUCUUUCGCAGCUUAUAGGGUAAACAAACAUACAUUUCAUGUAUAAUCCUUUAUUUUCAUUUUUAUUUUUCAGUUAAGAUUGGUGAUGUACAUUGGUUUGUGUUUAUGCCUUGAAGAAGUGUUUAACUUGGAUUGAGUAGUUGCUUUAAAAGUCUCGUUGCUAGUAAUCGGUUUUAUCAUUUUUAUAAAAGCAAUCAAAGAGGUUUAUGAAUGAUAAAAAUGGCCAGAAUAUUACAUGGGCAUGUAUCUGUACAAAAUCUGGUUAUUGUUUUUUUAUGGUAUUUUGUAUGUGUUUAAUAUUUCUUGGUUCUUACUUUGACCCUAACUCCUUAGGCAUUUUUGCUAGGAUGCAUCCUCAAUCCUGCAAAAUCCUCCAACUGUCUCCGUGUAAAAAUUGCAUACAGCCUUAAUCCUGCAAAAUCACCCGUUAUUUCUUAGUUCCUUGGAGGGUGACAACUGCCUCAAUUCUGCAAAA